AUGCCUGGUAUUCAUUUGACAAGAGGUCAAGAAGAAAAACGUGAUGCCCUCGGUUUUUCUGCAGGUCUUCAGGGCGCUGCUCUUGGUUUGGGCAUUGGUGUUGUCGCAACCAUUGCCACAUUCCGUCGAUCGCCCGAUUUCAGGGCCUUGGGUCGACCCAUUCAGGCUAUCCUUCCAACUUCAUCAACGGUGGCAGGAUACUUGUUUGCCUCGGAUCGUGCUACUAGCCAAUACGAAAAUGAAACGCUUGGAUACAUGGACGAGGCGAUGUAUGACCAUCUACAGAAAAGCGAGUCUGUAGUGGAGCACAAGAGCUCUUCUGAUAAGGCAUUGCAUUAUUUGAAUGACAACCGUUGGACGGUCAUUGGGGUUUCUUGGGCUGCAUCGAUGGCGGGUGCUCUGGGAUAUAGUUUCUCCAACCGAUAUCUCACGACACAACAAAAGGUUGUGCAGGCGCGUAUGUAUGCACAAGCAGUAACGCUGGCGGUGCUGAUGGCAUCUGCAGGCUUGUCGAUCUACAUGGGAGAUGAUAAAAAGUCGCACAAGGAGGUGCCCGAUGCACAGCUGCGUGCUGUGUUAGAAAACAGUCCUCUUACUUAA